AGCUGUAUUUUUCAGAAAGCGGCAUAAAGUUUAAAGUGUCACAUAGGUUACUUGAUUGUUGUACAGUUUUACCCUUUAAAGAAAUGUGUGAUAAUGUUAAACACAUGCUUUUAAAAGUCUAAGCUGGAGUAAUGUUUUGCCAUCCAAAGGAUGACGGUGCAAUUUACGGGACCCAUGAGGGGCGUUCCCAGUUGAAUGUUUUAUUUACAAAUUCUCAGAGUAGGAGUUGACACGUAAUGCUUUGUUUUGUUUUUUUAGUACUACACGUUGUUGAUAACAGGAGAUGCCAAGGAGGAAGAAAAAUGGUCUUGCAAGUUCUCCUAAAAAAUAUCAUAAUACAAUUGAGCCUGUUGGAAGCGGGCAGUUUGGUCCCCGUGAAGCAGUAGCUAUGUUUUCCAGUGAGUCGUCACCUUGUGAGGGUCAUGAAGCGGUUCUGAACCGUAUGCUGGAAAUAUUUUCCCACUUAGAGCCACAGGUUGUUCACAUGGUUUUGUCCGAAUGUGAUUUUCGAGCUGAAAUUGCUAUGGAUUCUUUGCUGGAACUGUCCGAUGCUGCUGAAGGAAUUAUAGUGGCUUCAGGAAAGUCUGGAUUUGACAACAUUGCUGCUAGUUUGUAUUUUAAUGACCCUAAUCGAUGUGCCCAAAGUCACACAGAAACUGGAUGUGCUUUUGGCUUGCAGAAUUCAUUAGAUAUGGAUGGAUCAGGUUCUGUGUUGUUAGAUGAAGAACUGGAUUCUCUUGUUCAGAGUGAAGUCAACAUGUGCUGUCCAGACAGCUUUGUACAACAUAGCUGGUUUGCACAGGAGCAGCCUCUGUCUUUUACCCGAGAUAAUAAGGUGCAAGAGUUAGUUACCUCUGGCAAAGACUCUAGGCUUCUGCUACCACAGACAGAGACUGUUUAUGUUAAAACCAUUCCUUCUGGUCUGCAUAAAGGUCCUAGUUUAUCUCUUCAAGUGGGGAUGACUGCUGAUUUGAACUUAAGUGGGAUGGCACAGGAUUGUAGCAGUAUACCUGCAGAUGUGCUCAGAAGCCCCUCAUUUCACCCUGGCAGCAAUGAUCACACUUGCUGUAGAUCAGAUCAAGAGAAAUGCAUUCAGCAGGAUUCUGAUUUAAUGCAGCAGUCUCACCUGAAUUGCAACAGAAUAGUGGAGGAUUGUUCAUUCAUGUUUCCAUAUGCAAACUCUGAGAGAUACCCUCAGCAAUUUUGUCCAGAUACUUCAAGAACUGAUGCAACUUUGGGCAACGAUCUCAUAUCAGGACAGGCUAUUGCUGCAUCCUUUCCUUUGCAACAGAACAUCUCUCCCAAUUUCAGUGGCUUAAAGGAAAAUGACCCUACAUUGUCUAAGUUGGAAAACAUUGCCCAGUCAGAAAGUGCAUCUUCCUCAAGUACUGCUGAGUAUGUAGAUAGCUCUUUUCUAAGUGCCUGGACUUUAAACACUGCUCUUGACUCUUCAAAUAUCUUAAAGCAGAAUGAGCAAAUAAAUUCCAGUUUAGAAAAUUUUGCUAAUUCAAAGAGUGCAUAUUCUAAAGAUACUGCUGAAAAAGAGGAUAGCUCUUUUCCAAGUGUGUGGAAUGUUGCUGCACCAGAGUUUUUUCCUCAAAACAGAAUUCCUCCUUUUAUUGCACCUGUUGUAACCAACUCUGGAAAUUGGGGGGUAGGAGAAUCAUUAUUAGGGUGUGGCUCAGAUGCAUCAGUUUAUACCCCUUCCUUUGUUUGGAAUUUCUGUCCUGUUUCUGCCAGUGCAGCAGAAGAACAGCAGGAAAAAAAUGUCAAACAGCCAUCCCCAGUACCUUUCUCUUCACCAUUUCUCAGUGCAAAGAAGAAAAGGAAGAAACUCCUGUUUACUGGGAAAGUACUGAUUUUGAUGAGAGGAGUUCCAGGUUCAGGAAAGUCUACUCUGGCAAGGACUUUACUUGAACACAAUCCAGAUGGCAUUAUUCUUUCCACAGAUGAUUACUUUUCUAAAGAUGGGAAAUAUGUUUUUGACAACAAUCUCUUAAGUGAAGCUCAUGACUGGAAUCGAAAACGAGCCAACGAAGCAUUUAUGAAGAAAAUUUCUCCUAUUAUUAUAGAUAAUACAAACAUACAAGGAUGGGAGAUGAAGCCUUAUGUUUCCAUGGCCAUUGCUGAUAGAUAUAGAAUUGUAUUUCGUGAGCCAGACACCUGGUGGAAAUAUAAACCUCAAGAGCUAGAAAGGCGAAACAUACAUGGUGUGACUAGGGAAAAGAUCAAGUUUAUGCUGGACCAUUAUGAAAAUAAUGUCAGUGUAAAUACCAUUAUGAAUUCUCCAAACCCUAUGAAAGGGAAAUCAAAAACUGUUUAUGAACUGCUGUACAAUGGUAAAGAGGCAAGAAAAGGAACUAAAGAGAAAGACAAAGAAAAAGAUGGCAGUGAAACGUUUUCAUCUUGCAGUAAAGAUUUUGAUGCUGUGCAAACACUUCAUUAUACUUCAGAUAACAGUGUCAAGCCUGUGUUUCUGCAUAACUGUGAUGCCACUGGUUCAGUUGAGGAGGUAAUGCAGGCUUCUGAAGGUCCUGCUAUUGAGAAUGAACAUGUGGAAAAUAAAGCAGAAAGUACUCUGAGAGAGUGUUUUAAGAUGGAUUGUACAGAAAAUGGGUGUGUAGUGGUUUACCAGGAAGAGAAGCACAGUGGAGAAUAUGUAGACAAUGUGCUUGCCAGAAGUGCAGUAACUGAAUCAACUGCAGGGAAAUCGAUUAUGCCUGAAAAAUCAGUUUUGGGCAGCACAGAAAAUGCAGAAAUUGAACUUCUAAAGAAUCAGAAAGUAGACUUUGCUUCUGAAGUACUGACCAUGAAUACAGAAUCGAUGCCCUUUAACAAGGAAGAAACUCCAGAGGUUGGUCAUAGUCCUGCUACAAAUGUACACCCCCUUUUAGGUGAAUUAACCACAGCUGAAGAACCUUUAUUCUUUAAGAGUGACCAAAAUGUUGAAACUGAGGUUGAUACGGUUACAAAACAGUCUGAUGCAGCUGUAUUAAUUGUGAUGGAAAAGCCAUCAUUUUUUAAGAGGGAAGAAAAUGCAGAAACAGAGCUUGCUAGAUGUUUAGAAGAGCUAUCAUCCAUUAGUAGCGAAGAAAAUGUAGACAAUGACUGUGAUAUUUCUGUAGAAGAACAGUGUUCUUGUUCAGAUGUCUUCAUCUCGAAGGAAAGGUCUUUCUUUAACGCUGAAGAAAAUAUAGAAACUGAGCAUGAUAAGAGUAAAGAAAUGGAGACAGCUGCAAGUUUAUUAAUUAGGACUAAAGAAGCAUCAUUGUUUAAGAGUGAAGAUGAUGCCAAUAACUUGCUAUAUACCUAUGCUAUGUUGGAGUCAUCACCAGAGAUUUUAAAUAUGCCAUUUUUGAACAGCAAAGAAAACACUAAAACUGAGAAUAAAGGUUCAGAAAAUGAACCUUUUGAAAAUAUAUUAUCAACUAAUGAAAAGCCUUUGUAUUUUAACAGCAAAGAAGGUUCAGAAUUUGAACUUGGGAAAUGUACAGAAGCAGAACCUGCUACAGACGUAUUAAUUAUGACUGAAACAUUCUUAAACAGUGAAGAGAGUGCAGAGCUUGAGCAUGGCAGCAGUUUGAUAGUAGAUUCCACUGAAAAAGAACUAAUUGUGACUGAUGAACAGAUAUUUGAUAGUGAAGAAAGCAAAAAGCUUGAUUUUCCCAAGAGUACAGAAGUUAUAUCCUGUAUACAUGAACUGAUGUUCAGAGCAGGAAAACCAUCAUUCUUGAACAUUUCAAAAAAUAAAGACAUUGAACUUAAUGAGUGUGACAUAAUUGAGCCCCAUACAACUGGUCUGAUGGUCAUGAGUGAGAAAUCUUUAUUAUUGAAUAAUAAACAAAGUUGUGACAUUGAACUUGAUACAAAUAAAGUGGUCAGCACUGAGGAAUUGCUUUUCGACAGUGACAAGGGUGAAGGUAGUGAGUUUGACAGCAGUAUAGGAACAGAAUCCUCCAUAAAUAAAUUAAUAUUGACUGGAGAACAGUUGCUCUUGAAUAGUAAUGAAAUACAGAAUACAGGGGUUGAGGAGUGCGCAGAAACAAAAACAGAGCCAUCUGCACACGAUCUGUGCAUGACUAAAGAAUCACCUUUUUUAAAUAGUGAAAAAAAUACAGAAAUUGAGCCACUGAGUGAAGAAAAUAAAGAUGUUGAUCUCGGUCAGAAUGCAAGCACAGAGCUGUCUAGAAACGAGCUGGUCAUGACUUGGGAACAAUUGCUGUUGAAUAGUGAAGAAAAUACAAAUGUUGAGCUUAAUGCAAAUGUAAAAACAGAAUCGCUUGUAAAUGAGUCUGCCAUGACCCAGGAGCAGUUACUUUUAAACAGUGAAGAAAAUAAAAAUAUUGGUUGUGUGGAAAAAACACCAUCUACUGAAAAACUUGCAUUGGUGGAUGGAGCACUGCUCAUAAGCAGUGAAGAAAAUAAAGAUAUUGAAGAAAAUGAGGAAUUUGAUUAUAAGACUGCAAAAACAGAGCCAUUCAUUAAUACAUUUGUAAAUGCUAAAAUAAAUAUAGAAACUAUGAUUAAUCAUGGAAAAGACAUAGCUUCUUCAAACAAACUGAGCUUGACUGAGGGACCAGACAGUGAAGAAAAUAAAUGCAUGGAGAUGGGUAAUAGUGCAGAAAACAACCAGCCUGUAAAUACAGCAGUCUUGACUGAAGAGGCAUUUUUCUUGAACAGUGGAAAAAAUAACGAUAUUGAGAUUGCUAGAGAUAUAAAAUCAGAGUCACGGACAGAUGAAUUGAUCAUGAUUGAGGAAGCGUUGUUUGUUAACAGUAGGGAAAAUGUAAACAUGGAAUUUGGUGAUAGUGCAAGAGCAGAAAAAUCUACCAAUGAACAGUUUGUGACUGAGGAAACAUUGCUGUUGAGCUGGGAAGAAAAUCAAAACACUGAAGAGGAUGAAAGUGCAAAAAAAGCGGCAUUCUUAUGCACCAGCAAAAAUGCCGAAAUUGUGCAUUCAUGUGCAAAAGCAGAUAGUCUAAAUGAAAUAUUCACUGCAGAUCCAGUGAUUUUAAACAGCAAUAAAAAUAAAGACUUGCAACUUGAUAGUAGUGCAAUAACAGAGCUGUCUGCAAAUAAAUUGGUCAUGGCUAAAGAACCGUCUUUCCUUAAUCGUGAAGAAAACAGAUGCACAGAGCUUGACAAAAGUGCAAAAGCAGACUUUUCUGCAAAUGUAUUUGUAACCGGAGAACUAUCAUUCUUGAAUGUUGUAAUAAAAACAGACAGUCCUAGUAAGACUGUCGAAGCGGAACCCUCUGUAAGUGAACUGCCCUUGUCUGAGAGAUCAUUGUAUCUGAACAGUGAAGACAGCAUAGAAAAUGAAUUUAAGCCUGGAACAUCACAGUCAUCUGCAGGUUAUGUAGUAAAUACAAGCACUGCGCAUGCUAAGAGUGCAGAAGCAGGGCCCCUUGUAGAUGAAAUGCUUACAACUGAAGAACCAUCAUGUUUGAGCAGUGAAGUCAGUACAUUAGUUGAGCUUAGUAAGGCUAGAAUAGCAGAGUCAUAUGCAGAUAAACUUUUCAUGAAAGAACCAGCACUGCUAAACAGUGUAGAAAACCAAGAUGUUGAGUUUGCUAUGACAGAAAAAGCAGAAUCAUCUGCAGAUAAGAUCAUGGUUGAGAAAUCUUUGUUUUUGAAAUAUGAAGGGAAAGACAUUUAUCUUACUCAAAGUGCAAACACAGAGACAUCUGAGCUUUUGGUGACUAAGGAACAACCAUUCCUGAUGAGAGAAAAAGAUAUUGAAAUUGUACUUGUUAAAAGUACAGAACCUGCCUCAUCUGCAAGUGAACAUCCCUUAACUGAGGAACCAUUAUUCCUAAACAGUGAAGGGAAUACAGAAAGUGAGCUUAAUAAGAUUGCAUCUGUAGAAUUCUCUACAGAGAAACUAAUGUUGUCUAAUGACCCCUCAUUUUUGAAAUGUGACGAAAAUAAAGAAAAUGAAGUUGUUGAGAGUGCAAAAACAGACAGUGCUACAGAAUGUUCAACUAUGACUAAAGAACCACCAUUUCUGAUUAGUACAAUUUCUGAAAUUGAAUUUGGUAGCAGUCGGAAAGCAGAUUCUCUUAAAAAAGCAGAUACUCCUGCAAAAGAGCUGCUCAAGACUGAGGCACUAUCAGGUUUUUGUAGUGAAAAUCCAGAAACUGCAUUUACGAAGUAUACAGAAGUGCCCACUACGGAAGGAUUACUCAUAUCUGAGCAUCUGUUUUCCUGUGGCGCAACUAUGAGCAAAAGAAUUAGAAGGCGCCGACAUAGAGAAAAGAGUAAAGAAAGCAAAACUGAAAGUAAUCUAUCCUUAUAUAACCAAGAUACAGCAGAAGCAGUUAGUACAAAUGCAAGGGUAAAUGAAUGGGAAAAUAAUGCAGAUACCACACAUGCCUUUAAAUCAUUUGAUUUUGUAGGUGAUUGGCCUACUCAGCAGUCCCUGGAGAAAAGAAAUCCGCGUACAAGAAGAAAAAGGGGACCUUUAGAGUACAGCAGUUCUGAGACACUUUCUGUACUUUCAUCUUCUAAGGAAGAGGCUGGUAAAGAAUGCUCUCAUGAAGAGCAGGUGAUAAAGUGCAUUGAGGGUAAAAAUGUUUUAUAUGAUUUUGGUUAUGAUACUGAAUGUAAAUUGCUAAGCCAUUUGGAAGACCAGCCAUUUACAGCAUCAUUCAUUUUGGAGCAGGAAGGUCAGAAGCCAAGUGGUAGCAUUUCAGUGAAUGAAGUAACGGGUAAUAUGUUUCAAUAUAAAAAGUCUGGUAAAGAAACUGAAGCUAGAAGUGCAGAAUUACCGGAUCCUCAGGUUGCACAAACAGGCUGUGAAUCUAACUCUGACCUUUGGAUCGUAGUUAAUGAUGCUUUAUUUACUCAAAUUCCUGAUCCAUCUGCAUCUGAAAGAUUCAAAUGUAGAAAAUUAAAACAAGGUAAGAGAGCAGUAAAACAGUGCAAACUGGCACUGUCAUUUGCCAACAAAAAUCCAAUUUGUAGAGAUUGUGAGAGAGAAUUUUCCACAGUGGCUGAACUACAUCCUGAGUCAGCAGGGUUAGUAUGCACAAGAAUAGAUGCCUGCAGUCAGACUUCACCAGAAGACUUUGCAUGUUUGUGGAGAAUACAGAUGCAGAAAACUGAACCUGCUGUAACUGACAAAUCUGAUGCGUUUGUUCCAGGAAACUUUGACACUACUGAAAUGUUCAGGUCUCCAUUAAAAGUACCGUACAAAUGUGUUCUUGAUAAAAGUACAUAUGUAGAAGAACACGAGUUAAUAAAUAAAAAUGACUUUGAAAAUUUACAGAUCCUCACUGAGCAUUUUAAAUCUGUCUCUGCUGAUGCUCUAAAUGAUUUGUAUGAAAGGUGUAAUAAAGACAUAGAGUGGGCUACAAAUAUAUUACUAGAUUCUGGUGAAAUGUUAUGUGAAGCAGAUGAAGUAGAUUUGUUGCAUCUGUCUGAAAAGCACUGUGAUAGUGAUGCAAAUUUUGCUGGUUUCACAGCUGAGCUGUUUGAUGAGGGAACUACUUCAGAUGCCCUAGUAAGUGAAUUUCAGACAAGUAGAGAGUCAACAAGCCAAAACCACGAGAAUAUAAACCAAAAUCAUGAUGAUAUUUGUGUUAAUAAAUGCCAUUCUGAAAAUGUAUGUUCCUCCUGUAGGGAUACAGAGAUAAAUUCAAGUAAUUCAAGAACUUUUGAUAUUUGUAAUGUGUUGGAGAAUACAAGUCAUUGUUCAUCUGAUGUUAAAACUGACUUGACGCCUCUGCCUCCAAGAAUGAGUAAUACCAAGAAGACCUGCUUUGAUGGGUUGCAGGUUGAUUUAAUACACCAAGGGCUUGAUGAUGACAACAUGAUAGAAAUACAUGCUGAGAUGCUGAAAACAGAGAUUUUAAGUAAUAAAAAUGUGUUGGAGACAUCUGAUAACUCAUCUUGUAAGUGCAAAAUAAUAGAAGAUAAGGAAGCUCAGAUGGAAAUGUUACAGAAUGUUCCUUGCAUAACCCAUGAACUGAACUUCUCACCAAAUAUCUUUGAGACAGAGCAAAGAACUGUAGGGUACCCUGCUGAUACAAGUAGAGCUAAUGCCCAAGAAGAAAUAAAAGACAUAAAAGAGAAUGAAAUAUUAAAUAAUACACCUGCAUGUUUUGAAGAAGGUACUGCAGUUAAAAUGGUAAAUGAAGAGUUGGAUGUUAUGCCUCCCGAAUCUGUGAAUAUUCAAUCUCUAGAGUUUUGUUUGCCUCCUGAGCUGGCCUUUCAGCUGACUGAGCUUUUUGGUCCAGUAGGCCUUGAUACAGGUUCGCUUACAUUAGAAGAUACUGUUGUCCAGAUAGAUUUGAGCCUGGCUAAAGUCAUUCAUCAGAAAUGGAAGGAGUCUCUUUUGGAAAGACAAAGAAAAGAAGCUAUAUCUUAUCAGCUUCUCAGGGAAGACUCGGAACUCUCUGAAUGGUUACAACAGGAGGAACAAUCAGAUUAUGAACUGCUGAGAACAAAAUUUGAAUUUAUAGAUGCUUCCUGGCCUGCAGUGUUUGAAAAUAACAAGGCUCUUAACCAGUGGGAUACUGCAGAAAGUUUUCCAUUCAUGGACCAUUGGAAUACACGUGCCAAAACAGUAUCAUUAAGAAAGAUAAUGUCUGAAGAAGCUGCCUUACAGGAGUAUCAAGAUAUGAUUAAACCAAGUCCUUACCCAGGAAAAGACUGUGCUUCCAAACUGAAGGAAAAGCAACUGUUUGAGAUGUACCCAGGUGUUGACAGACACUUCCUUACUGACAUCUUCAAAGACAACAAUUGCUCGUUAAACCGCACUGUGCAGUUUCUCAAGCUUUUACUUGGAGAUGAUCCUGUAAGAACCGUUGUUGCUCAAGGUGCUGCAAACAAAAGUGAAGUAAUAGAACAUGCUGGAAUAGAGUCAGAUAACGAAAAGAAAUCCAAGGAAAUAGAUGAUGAGAAUUCUACCACUGUGUUGUUCAAAGACACAGAUUGUCCCUUUUUUGAAGACAUUAGGAUGGAAGCUUUCUUACAUCACCAGAAGCAGCAAGAAUACUUUAGUAAGGCAGCAGAAGCCUACCGCAGAGGAAUGAAGCAAGUUGCAACAUACUAUGCCCAGCAGGGCCAUCUUCAUGGGCAGAAGAAGAAAGAGGCGAACCAUCGAGCAUCGCUUCAGAUUUUUACAAGAGUCAAUGCAUCGUUGUUACCUCAAAACAUUUUAGACCUACAUGGACUCCAUGUAAAGGAAGCUGUCCAUCAGCUUGAUAUAGUACUUAAGGAAAAAAUUACAGAACACCAGCAGAGUGGCGGUAAACCAUAUCUGUCAGUGAUUACAGGAAGGGGAAGCCACAGUCAGGGAGGAGUAGCUCGCAUCAGACCAGCAGUCAUAGAUUACCUUUCAAACCACAGCUUCAGGUUCACAGAAUUGCAGCAGGGACUUCUGCAGAUCAUGCUGAAAUAAUGAGAUGCCGUGGCAUGAAGACUGGAAGCAAAUGUCCUGUUUUUACUUGACUUUAAAUGGCCAUAGCAACAACUAGGUUAUUGUGUUACCUAAAAAAAAAAAAAAAACACUGAAAACCAAGCAUUUUACUUUUACUUGCAAUUACUCACUACAGUACUGGACUUCUGCAUUUUAGAUUUUAUUUUAGAAAAGUUUUACAACUUUUUAAGUCAUGUAAGUUUAAUUAAAAUGUUUCAGUAUAUUUAAAGUACAGUAUCAUGUCUGAAAAAAAGAAAGAAAAAAAAAAAAAACAGUUUUACCGCGUUUGGGCUAGCGACUCAGCUGUGUAAACAUUGGCUCUAGGUGAUGUGGUUUAAUUGACUAAUGUUGAUGUGCCCCCUACCCCUGUAAAAAUUGGGAAAAGGAGGUUGACUGUGACAGCACAGAUGUUCUAACAACCAGCUGAGAUCACAGCUAGGUACUCGCGUGCUAUUUUAAUGAUGAAUUUUCAUUCUGUUAUAUUUAAAUGCUUUUUAACUUCGAUCCUUCACUGACUAGUGCUUAUGCAGCAGGGCAUUGCAAUGUCCAGCAUUUGGUCAUUGAGUAAGUAAACAAUGACUGUUUCCCAGUAUUAAUACUUAAGGUUGUUUAAAGGCAGCCACAUUUUAACAAGUUUCGCAUUUUCACAUGUAUCCAUGUUAAUAACUGGUCCUGCCUGUUCCUUAUAUGUGAAAAAUUGCAUUCUGCUGAAAACGAAUAUUCUGCUUUCAAGGAUAUGAUUGUAGAAGAGUGAACAAACAGCCGUUAAAGUCCAGCAUUUGUCAUGUAUAAUGGUGAUGGAUUUUAUAUCAAAUCUCAGGGAUGUUUUGAAGUUAAUAUAUUUAAACCCUAAAAAAAGUACGAAAACUUGACUUGUUAAUAUAUGUAAAAUAAUGUGUAAUUAUAUAAGAAAAUGCAGCAAAUGUUUGUUGCAUACAUUUGAAUUUUUACCAUUUCGGUAAAGUUGUGUUGUCUGUCCUUGUUUAAGGAACUAUGGAUUUCUGUAAAAAAAAAAAAAAAAAAAACUUUCCUUAAUGAUCUCCUGCUCUGGUGUUGGAUUUGGACCACAUCUGUUUUAAUUCGAUUUAAGUUUGGGAUAGUUUUACCUGUGGAAUACAUUACAAGGCUGUCAGGAAUGGUACAUGAUACUUCAAGCAGACCAGUAUUUUGAUUGUAUGAAGGACAAAAUGAAAUGCACAAGUGAAGGCAAGGAAAGUUAGAGCAAAAUGCAGGUUUUAAAUAGAAUGUAGCUUGGCUAAACAGUGUUUUUUUUUUCUUUUUCUCUGUUAACUUAAGUGCCUCUUUAAAGUUGAAUGGGCUUUGUAUUUGUAGUUUGCAGAGAUGUUAAUCGUGUUAAAGGAAAUUAAAGGAAACCUGUGUCAUAGGGUUUUUAACUUUUCAGAUAGUGGGCCCCAUUUACUUCAGCUAACUGCUUUUUCCAAUAAUUGAAGUUAAUCAUUUUUUUUUAAAUCAGAAUAUGCCAAUAUCAAGGCUUGCUGCAUUGCUUAUUUUUAUGUAAUGAUAUAUGCUGAUGAUGUAACUGAAGGAUUUUUCUGUCUCAAGUUGGUGCUGUGUGCAGGAUAAUGGCACUGAAACAUUUGUGAUUUGCUUAAAGUAAAUGUGUACAAAGCCUGCAGGGUUUUGAUAUAGUACUUGCUAGCAUUGUUUUGUUGUACCUACAUAGCAUGCAGAAAGCACAUGUACAUGCCUAUGGCAGCAUUUGUUGAUUCUAGUUUAUUGCUUGGUGGGGUAGAAGUAAAUCGUGCUUCUUGCACCUUGAGUAAUAUUUUAAACGAUUGGGAUAAAUUAACAAUGUUAUACUGCACUGAAGGCAUUGCAUUAUAGAAAGACUAGGUACUGCUGUGCUUGUCAGUCACAGAUAGUAAAUUCAGACUUCAGAACUGCUGCGGCUAGCAUUAUGCCUGUAGUGAUCUGCAUACUGAUAGCACGACUCCCAUCUGUGAGACUCUAGCAGCAUCUGUUGCCACGUAAAGCCUUCCAGAAGUGCUGGAGACUUGCAGUAACUUACAUCUGUAUUCUGGAAGCAAGGCAUUCUGUCAUACAUUACCUUGUCCUUGUUUGCAUUAUCCAACAGCUUUUUAUUCCAUUGCUGCUUAGGAGUGUGCCCUAUUGCUUGAGCUUUCAUUUAGACAGUCGGUUAGAGAAAGAUGAUGCUGAUGUGUGAAUGCUCUCCACACAUCUUUGAGAGUGAUGUCUGAAGUGGGCACCUUAUUUUUCCUUUCUCUUUUCCUGUUUGAGUGCAGAUGCAGCUCUGUUAGAGUGGAUAUAUUCGCAAGAGCAUUUAUAGCAUAGUAAAUAUUCUUUUUGGAAAAUUAUUUAAUUCCUGAAUGGCCUCUUUGUUUGACAGCAACUAAUGGACUUUUUGAUUUGAGGAGGUGGUAUUCUUGCAAGCAUGACCAUCAAAAUACUGUAUAAAGUGCAGAGCAGGAAAAGGAGCAAAUCCUUUAGUUGGAUCCACUUCAGAAGUUCUCUUUGUUUAUAUGCUUGAUGCUUAUGGAAAGUACUUUUAUCAGUUUCAUCUACUCUUACUAUUUCUAGGAAAUGGUCUCAAUAGUAGCCUAAACAGAUAUGGGAAAAUAACAUCUGCAUUUGUCAGAUUGCUCCUGAAAAAAGUUGUAGAUUGCAUUUUCCUUCUCCUUUUCUUGGGUAUAGUUUGGCCUCAGUAUUAUUGUCAAGACUGAUACUAGUCUGUCCAGCAAGUACUACAGAAAAUCGCUCAGUGCACGUAUAUUAAAGUAGUCGUGGUAGGUUGCAGAACUGUAAUCAUGCUUUUUUUAAUUAAUAAUGCCAGUGAUAUCUCAUGCUUCAUUCCAAAUUUCAUUAUUUGCUGCUAUACUUAAUCGAAGCAUACUACUGUAGAGGUCAUACUUUGUCAGGAUUCCUAUUCAUAUGUGUGCAUAUUCUAUCAGAUUGCAGUACUUAACAUGUCUUAAUUUGUUAUACUAAUGUGCAUUUGUAUAGUUUCAAGCUAUAACCUUCUGUUAUGUCAUCUGCAUAAGGAGACUUGAAGUAUCUUCAAGGUAGCUGUCCUAAUUUUCAAAACACUUUGUUAUUUUGAGCAUGUUGACUUCUAAGGAAAUGUUUAAAAGUUAUGGUCAUAGAAAACACAUUUGUAUCACUUUUGAAAUGAUGCAUGUUUUUAUAAGGAAUUACAUCAUUUCUUUUUCUGCUGCCAGGUUUAUACAAUCUGUUGUAGCUUUAGUUUUAUAAAGACUAUUUGAGGUUUUUCUAUAUCUUUUGUACAUUUAUGGCCAUUAAUUUUGAGAUUUCAAAUAAAAUACACAUGAAAAUA